AGGCUCCGUGGCAUGGGGGCUGUAAGUGCUUCCGGGGUCAGGAAGGUAGUGACGUCGUGGGUAAACAGGUUCUGUAGCCGUGGCAGCGGCCCUGACAGGCUGGCUGAGUACCGGCUACCGCCGACCCGGGAGAAGUUGCCGUCUACAUCAGCCUGGGCUGCAGUGCGCUGGCGCCGCGGGGCCAGCAGGGCGGGGAACGCGUUGCAUUCAUCUUUGUACCCCGAGCAUCUAGUAGUGUUGGCAUAUAGUAGGCACUCAAGAAAUGUGUGUGGAAUGAACGAUGCCUGUGACAAGCAAGCGGACUUUAUUCUUUCCUGACCCUUGCUCCUAUGACACACCUCCUCCUGACUGCCACUGUCACCCCUUCAGAGCAGAACUCCUCUAGGGAACCCGGAUGGGAAACAGCUAUGGCCAAGGACAUCCUGGGUGAAGCAGGGCUGCACUUUGAUGAACUGAACAAGCUGCGGGUGUUGGACCCAGAGGUUACCCAGCAGACCAUAGAGCUGAAGGAAGAGUGCAAAGACUUUGUGGACAAAAUUGGCCAGUUUCAGAAAAUAGUUGGUGGUUUAAUUGAGCUUGUUGAUCAACUUGCAAAAGAAGCAGAAAAUGAAAAGAUGAAGGCCAUCGGUGCUCGGAACUUGCUCAAAUCUAUAGCAAAGCAGAGAGAAGCUCAGCAGCAGCAACUUCAAGCACUAAUAGCAGAAAAGAAAAUGCAGCUAGAAAGGUAUCGGGUUGAAUAUGAAGCUUUGUGUAAAGUAGAAGCAGAACAAAAUGAAUUUAUUGACCAAUUUAUUUUUCAGAAAUGAACUGAAAAUUUCACUUUUAUAGCAGGAAGGCAAAACAAAAAAAGCUCCUCAAAACCAAAAAAACCUCUGUACCAUUCCAGCGGCUUGACCAGUGACCUAUGUCACAAGAGGUGGCGUUUAAGGAAGGCAGCCCCCUGAGUCUGGGGGAGCCCAUUUUUAAACAUCAGCACACAGCUGCUGCUGGUGGCCAUGCAGUGCACGUUCUCACCUCUUAUGCUCUUAGUUGGAACUAAGCAGUUUAUAAACUUUGGUCCUUUUUUUGUAAAUUUACAAAGCUUUGGAAGGAGAAGCAAUAAAUUUUUGUUUUCAAAUGGGUUGAUGUAACUUUUUUCCUGUUGCCCUUGAAAUAUGUUUAACCCAUUGUGAGAGAACCCUUGAUUUCCUAUCCCCCAGUCCACAAAACAAACCAGGCAGUGUUCAGCAGCUACAUUUAUUUGGAUCAGACAUGCGAGUCAAAACAAUACCACUAAUCAAACCAAUAUGGCUUGUGAGCAAAAUUGGUGAAAAUUGAGGGAACUGACUGGGACCUGCUGUCUAACAUCAUUUGAAGGUUGGACUUGAGCACAGACUUAAGAGAAAGCUGAUGGAAUAUGAAGCAUCAACGUGAAGAGACCCUAUAUGCACACAGUGGCUAUGUUAUGCCUGGCUGCGGCCACCUUCCCUUCCGAGAACAAGAUGGGAAUGACUCAACUAUAUUAGAAGGAUGAAGUUAUCCACUACGGAGCACACUUCCAGAUCAGGCUUGAGAUGCUAGACUUCAGAUAAAGGGACUUGUGUCAGGUGGCCUCUAGAAACGUGGAAGACCAAGAUUUAGAAAUAAAGUAACUUAAAGACGUC